UCAGUUGCAGUUCGUUGUCCGUCGCGGAAACUUCGUCGUGCGCGGCAGACUUUGCGGUUUUUUUUUUUUGUUAUCGUGAUUGGUUUUGAUUCUAUUGUUGCUGUUGUGUCGUUUUCUAGUGUUUUCCAUUCAUGUGACGUGAUUUUGUGUGAAGAAAGGUGUCGCCGCGAUAACUUUUGCCAAUUUUGCCGGUGAAAAUAGAUAAGAGGUGUUUUUGGUUCGUGUGGAUGUAUUUGUGGGUUUGAUAACGGUUAUCGGAAGGGUGGUUUCCGUGCGGAAACCCAGGAAGAAGAAGCCGUGAUUGGAAAUUGGAAGUGCAUCGUGAUUCGUUAGCGAUUGAUAUCGCUGGGCGUUGCUGUAGCUGGUGGCGUGUGAAGCCUACUUCGAUCAAGGCCUGGCGCUAAUUGAUUCGCCCAUCAGUGAAAGUGCGUGCAAAACCACGUGUUUUAGCCAAUAAAAAGUGAAAAAUUGCAGGGUGGUUGAGGGCCGUUAUUCGGUGUGCAUGGAACCGGUUCGGAAUGAAAUCGUGGCGCGAAGCGCAGCGUGAAGACCGCUGAAAUUGGUUUUCCGGUUGGGUAAGAGAGUGAAUUGUGGAACAGCAAAAUAAAAAAUCGAUUCAAUUUGUGUGCGCAUUGGUGAAGUGGUCGAACGUUCCGGAAGGGUAUAGAUGCCGCCACAGAUUCUGCCGCGCUCCAAGAUGCAGUCCCGCGAGCAUCCCUUUAACCGCUCGACGCGACCUCUGCUGGAACGGCGUGCCAACGGAGGUGCCCAGCCGCAGGUGCUGAGCAGCAAGCAGAUCAACGGGGCCAAGAAGGUCACCCCGCCGUCAACGCGCGGUUUCAACGACUUCAAUCUGAUUCCCCGCCAGUACGAGAACGUCAACACGGGCUACCCGUGCUACCCGUACGGAAGUCCGCCGUCGCCGACAAACCUCAACAACAUUGACUUCCAGUUCUCGGACGUCCGGACGGCACAGCCCUACCGGCCACCGGUGAUUCAGCCAGCGGCCACGGCACGUGCCAACUACUUUGCCGCGGCCAGCACCAACCGGAACAACAGUGACCACGAAGAGGACGACGACGACUACGAUGAGCUCGUCUAUCACCACAAUCAGAUCAACUCCGCGGUCCUCAAACCGGCUCUCCAAAAGCCGGUAGGACCACCUCCUCCAACGAGCUCGAUCCGGCGGCGCCUAAUGGACGCCGCGUGUCCACCGGUACCGCCCCAGCGGAUCAUUCCGGUGGAGACGCCGCCGCCUCCGCCCCGCGGGGACACCCCCGAAAACGAUGGGCCCUUUGUGUUUGGCGUGCACCACCCGAACACCUUCACGCCGGCCUACAAUAGCAGCAAGGCAGGUGGCGGCACCAGCUCGGCAGACUCAUCCGUCCAGAACACCAGUGAUAUUAGCUCUAGGAAUACGUCGUCCAGCGAAAAGGAGAGGAGGGCGCUGGUCAAGGAGAAGAAAAACUCGAAACGAACCAAAAAAGACAAAAAGGACAAGUCCAAGUCCAAGGAGAGGAAAAACAAGGAAAAACAGGAGCAGCUCACCCCGUCCAAAGAUGUCGCCCCGAAUGUCAAGUGCGUGCUGGUGGGGGACGGCGCCGUCGGCAAGACGAACCUCAUCGUGUCCUACAUCCAGGAUCGGUUCACUCCGGAGUACGUUCCGACGGCCUUCGACAAGUACAAUGUGGACGUCAGCGUGGACGGACGGCCGAUCUGCGUGACGCUGUGCGACACCGCCGGCCAGGACGCGCUCGACCCGCUUCGGCAGCUGUGCUACCCCGACUCGGACGUGUUCCUGCUGUGCUUCUCCGUCGUCCAGCCGGAGUCGUUCCGGUCGGUGGCGGCCAAGUGGGAGCCGGAAAUCGCCAAACUGCGCCGCGCCGCCCUGCUGCUGGUGGGGACCCAGUCCGACCUGCGGACUGACCGGGCCACCGUGCUGAAGCUGCAGAAUGAAGGGGAGAAACCAGUUCCGGUGUCGGCGGCGUGGGAUUUUGCACGCAAAAUUGGAGCCAAAUACAUCGAGACUUCCUCGCACAAGAAGGAACGGAUCAAGGAAGUGUUCGACACCGCCAUCUGGGACGUCCUGCAGGCGCGUGAAUUCAACCGGAAGCGACCCCUCUGGAAGCGGAUGCUGUGCCUGACCUGUGCGGAUGGCGAUUAGGGGUGGAGCAGGGUGGGAAAUAUCACAUCACAAAAGUACAUCACGAUUACGAGACUGGAUAAGAUUUUUUUUUGUUUUUUUUUAUGUUUCCGUGUAUUGGAGGAGAAUGUUUAUUUUGUUUUUUGCUCACCGGAAAAACGGUUCCGUUUGUAAUGUUGACAACUUUUUUGUAUUAUUUAGCACGUAACUAGCUUAACUUAUUACCAAGUGACAAUACCGCAAUGCUCAUGGUACGACCCCGGGUCAUAGACUAACCUUCCAAGACUGGCAUCACUGCUGUCAAACUGACAGCUGCCAUAACGGCGUCCGGAAAAGUUUUGAAGAAAUGGUUUAUGAACGAAAUUUUGUACAGUGUAUAGAGUGAAACCGAGUUGAGCUCGGUUGAACGCAAAAUUUACUUCCAUCGAAUAUUUAGGAUCUUUUUGAAACACACCAAUUAAGGCGUAGCGAAGGUUGAAACGAUUACAAGAGUCUUCCUCAUUCAAUGAAAACAACAAACUGUCAAACUUUAGCGACGGUUUCAAUAUUGUGUAAUGAUAAACUUAAAAUAUCACAAUUGUAACGACAAACCUGAUUAUAUAGCUAGAGAUUGUUUAAGAAAAAAAUAUAUAUUUGUACAUUCCAGCUUCAAACUUUAAAAGAAACAAACAAAACAAGGUUCAAUCUUGCCCCCGUCUAUAAUAGUUUAUUAUAGUUCGAAAACAGAAGAGACGACUGACAAUAUAUCGAAAAAGUGCAUGAAUCACCCCU